GAAAUCUCCAAGCGCGACUACGUGCCGUGACGUACACUAACCAUUAAUCCCAAGGUGUGUGCAGUGGUCGUGUUUGUUUUCAUGAUUGCGUCAUUCUUUACGAACUUCUAGAUCUUAGAUGUAGGUAGGACAGUUAUCCGAGACGACUCGCCAAUGUUAUUAGUCAGUUUGACGUGUAAACUUGCGGUUAGUGUCUCGAAAUAAUUGAAGAUGUUAAAAUCUUGUUGGGAUUGCAUACUUGGAUAUUCUAGAGAGCAGGCGAAUGAAGAGUACGGCACACAAUUAAACGGAGAUAGCCAGAGAGCUCCACCGUGGCCAGUACCAGUCAACCAAAACGAAAUCAUGUUUCUGUUACCAAGGAUACUUCAAAGAAAUGACAGAAUUAAAAUUGCUGGCACCCUAACAAGUGACCCAAGAUUAUUCACCAUAAACUUAGUAACAGGACAGGAUCGACCAGAUUACUCGAAUAUAGCCUUCCAAUUGGAGACUUCAAUUCCUAAUGACCAAUUUACUACUAAAAUAAUAUACAAUGGUCAACAAAAUAUUAUACCUGAUGACCCUAGCUCAGGAAUUGGAGCGAUAACUCCUUCAGAAAUAAUUGAAGGCCCGAGGUUUGAUGUCGAAAUAACUAUAAGGAUUUCUGAAGACAUCAAUCCUAUUCUGGAUGUGUCUUUUAACUCGGUACUCAUGAAGCAACUUUUUUUGAAACAUAAUCUCAGUGAUAUUAGAUUCUUGACCAUAGAUGGUGAUGUCCAGAAAAUACAUCAAUUGCAUUUUGAAUUAUCAUAAUGAAGAUUAUUCAUUAAUAAUGUAAGUAACAUCAGAAUUGUAUGAAUUAAAUUAUUAUAUUAAUUUAAAGAUUUAUGCAGUAUUAUGUUUGAGUUUGAUUAUGGUUAGUAACGAUGACCCUGAUGUAAAAUGCACAAUAAAAAUAACAUUGGUAUAGUACAGCUUUGCACAAGAAAUGUUUAGAUGUUUAGUUACUUUUUAUAAUUUUAUUGUUAAGCUAAUAUUCUGAUAAAAGAAUAUACUUGUUCUUGUAAUGUUAGUGUACAAUUACACAUAAUUAAUUCUUAAAAUAUGUAUAAGUAAACAGUGUAGCUAUCGCUUUUUGAGCUACAAGUCAUUAUAAUUGGUUUGACUGGAUGAUCAGAUACAUCCAUUAAUAAUGUUGAAAAAGUGUAAAAAUUAGUCAAAAAUGUUAACAUUUUUUCCCACCAGACCAUAAUUUAUUAUUAUUUAUUUAAUUUUCAGUAUUUUAAUGCCUAUGUAAUAUAAGUAUUAAAAAAUGUUGUUCAUUUAUAGUAUUUAAAUGAUAUCCAUGUACUUUUAUUAAGUGUUAUGACGAUGUUGUAUUAGUUUAAGCAGUUUAUUGCUUUUGUUGCCUUAUCAUAGUGCUAAAAGAUAAAACUGAAGUGAUUAGUUAGUAGAUUCCAAGUAGAAAAGCAUUUAAAUGAACUAUUGCAUUUGUUGCUGUAAACUUUAGUCCCUAUACAUUAAAUUGUUAAUCUUUCUUACGAAUACAAGUGGUUGUUUUAUCUUCCUAAUGAAUGAUGAGAUAAAAAGAACAGUUGUAGGUUUUGCCAUAAUAAAUUUGAGUCUUGUGAUACUACAAA